AUGUCGACUGAAGAUCCACAAAACACUUUCACCCAAGAAGACCACCAGGUGGCCUUCAUUUUUAAUCCAGAGGAGAAUGAAGCGCCACGCCGAGAGAGGCCCCCUAAAAGGCGGAAAACUGCCAAGAGAGCUUCAGCAACCGAGAAUGAAGCAGGACAGGAUGAGGAGAAUUCACCAUUGUGGUUCACUCCCUUGCUAAGUGGUGCAGAGGGCAUGGCUUGCGUGCGGCGACGGGAGCGGCUUCUGGAGGAGAAGUGGGCGGUGAUUGAUGCUCGUAUCAAAGAUAUUUUGAGAGACUCCAACUCUGCGACUCUGGACGACGUGUCGCGAUUUGUGACUGAAGCAAAAGCUCAGUGUGGCGACAAGAUACCCUCUGCCUUCAUCAUCACAGGGCCCAACAUCGCCUCUCAAGAUUUACUAUUUGAGCAGCUGUCAGACUCACUUCAGAAGUCCUCGCCGAGCAAAUUCAUCAGGCUACGGUCUUCAGAAGCGACCAAUUUGAAGAAUGCGCUGAAGAAGAUUAUUCAAGAUGCGACGUCCAAGACGCUGGUAGUCGACGGCGAGGAAGACUUGCAGCUUAGGCAGGGCUCAAAUCGGCGAUACCUACCGUAUGACCUUGAGGCGCUGCAUGAAUUUCUGGGCCAUCAACCCCACGAAAACAUCUUUGUCGCGUUCCAGGAUUCUGAAGGAUUUGACAGCGGCUUACUAUCCGAUAUCAUUGCUCUGCUUAGCUCAUGGCGGCCGCAGAUCCCCUUUACUCUACUGUUUGGAAUUGCUACGUCAAUCGAUCUACUGGAAAGCCGCCUGUUGAAGUCAGCAUGCCGCCUGAUAUACGGUGCGCAGUUUGAUUGCGUUCAGACAGAUACCAUUUUGGAGAAUGUGUUCAAAGGGACUGUGAUAUCCAGCGAUGUGCCCCUUAGGCUAGGACCGCAGAUCCUGAGGAGCAUGCUUGAUCGCCAACGGGACCAUAUGGCUGGUAUUCAGGCAUUUAUAAGCUCUUUGAAGUACAUUUACAUGUGCCAUUUUUACGCCAACGCCCUCAGCGUCUUACUGGCCCCAGAUAUUGAAGGAGGGGAAGAAAUCCUACAAGCCGAGCACAUCGAGGCGCUGAGAUAUCUUCCCUCGUUCCGCAACGAGGUGGAAAAAGCCGUUGGGCUCGCAACCGUUGACAGCCUUCAACAUGCUCGUUCGCUUAUAGAGGACGAUGAGUAUCUGCUCUCACAAGCCCGAGCCAGUAACGACUGCCGACAAGGCUGGAUGGAUGGCCAUCUGCGCUCACUCCUCGUCAGGGAAGCUGCAGGAGCAAUUCAGCCCCCACUCUCGCGGGCGUAUGUCGAUUCCCUCUCUGCGACAUAUCCUGAUUCAGGAAAUGGUAGCCUAACAGAAUACAUCCGGCGUAUGGGCAUAAGCGCGCUUAUUGGCCUGCUGCGUCGGGCUAUAUAUAUAUUUAAGGAAGGAGAGCCGAGCUUGCAUCUCCAACCAGCAUCACGGGAAGAAGACGUCGCGCUACUAAGCUUCCUAGGAGAGACGCUAUCACGCCUAGAACAGCUCGAAUCAGACGCGGAAAGCGCAGGCAUCACACUGCUCACCAAAUAUAGCAGCCAGAGCAAGGUGAUGCGGACGACGGUCAUUGCCCAGCGGGUCCAACUGAGCCGUGACUCUGCAGCCCUCCGCGAUGAGGAUAGGCAGUUGACAGACAUUGUAGACGCAGUGACAGAACGGCUGACUGCACACAUCAGGGCAAGCCGCCCCGACAAGGUGCUGUUUUCGGAGACGUGGCUGUAUGACAGCAGAUCGCCUCUACGAGAUGUCAUGGUGCCACGGCCUCGAGUGACAUUCAAGCGCAGCUUGGCGCGGCCAUACGACUACCUGGCAUGCAGCUGCUGCAAAGGCGGCGAUGCAGAGGACGGUACGAUGCAGGCGACACUUCCAGCCACGUCUAUCCUAUACCACUUGUAUCUCGAGGCAGGCAGUUUGAUCAAUGUGGCAGAUCUGUGGUCCGCAUUUUACGCACUGGUGAGUGGGCAUAAGGAGGAGGAGAAGAAGGAGGAAGAGAGCGAGGAUGAUGAUGAUGAUGAUGAUGAUGAGAAGCAGCAGAAGAAGCAGCACGAUGAACGCAAAGCCCUGGUCAUGUUCUACCGAGGCCUGGCCGAGUUGAGAGCCAUGGGAUUCGUCAAGAGCAGCAAGAAGAAGACGGACCACAUUGCCAAGGUGAGAUGGCUAUGA